AUUUAAAAUAAAAUCCGUGUAUUGGAACGCCCGUAACAAGUACAUGUGUUUUUGAAAGCUAACCUAUGUUUUUAAGUUUCCAUUAUUUUUCAAGCGUUUUAAUUAACGUGUGAUUAUGAAAUGACAAUACUUUGUGUAUAAUUAGGAAAAUAAAGCAUGAUGGAAGUCGAAGGAUAUCCAGGUCUUAUAAAAACCAUACAGGAUGGAGAAGAAAUUGAAGAUUUUUCUGAAGAAUCUGAUGUUGAACAGGAGUAUCAACCGUCGAAGCAAAAAGUAAAGAGAAAAGCAGAUUUUGAUCCUAAAUUUAAAUUUGUGGCAUCGGUAGAAGAAUAUAACAAGAACACAUGGGAUGACUUACAAAAGUAUAUAAAGAGAAAUGUAAAACAGACUCUUGAUGAGAAGAUAGCUAAACGAAGGGCACAAGUUCAAGUGGAUGGGGGAGCUGAUCUUGACACUGAUUCAGAGGAAGAAGAUCAAGGCACUGAUGAAUUAGAGAUAUCAGAUGAUGAACUAAAGAGGGACGAAAUCAAAACGAAGGAAAAGAAGCUGGGUAAAAAACAGAAACUAAAACAGGAAUUAAAAGAGGAUGAAUCACAAGGUGCAACGGUAGAAUAUGAUGGUGAUUUCUUUGAAGAUCCACCACCAUAUGAUGAAAAUGCUUCUUUUUAUAUGAUGAAUCUGUCUAGACCCUUGCUUAAAGCUAUAGGCACACUUAAUUAUGUACAUCCAACACCGAUACAGGCUGCAACCAUUCCCAUUGGCCUACUAGGUAAAGACAUAUGCGCAUGCGCAGCUACAGGUACAGGUAAAACCGCGGCAUACAUGCUACCUAUCCUGGAGCGACUUCUCUACAAGACGGUGGGCGACAGAAUUACGAGGGUGCUUGUGCUCGUACCCACAAGAGAGUUGGGUGCGCAGGUACACUCGGUAACUCGACAACUUACGCAAUUCACAUCGGUCACGGUUGGUCUGUCUGUUGGCGGUUUGGAUGUAAAAUAUCAGGAAAGUGUGCUUCGUCGUAAUCCCGAUAUUGUAAUAGCGACGCCGGGACGGUUGAUCGACCAUAUAAGAAACACCCCCUCUUUUGGUUUGCAUUCUAUUGAAGUACUGGUAUUGGAUGAAGCUGAUAGGAUGUUAGACGAAUAUUUUGCGGAGCAAAUGAAAGAAAUCAUUCGUCAAUGUUCACCGAAGCGGCAGACCAUGCUGUUCUCGGCCACCAUGAGCGAUGAAGUGAAAGACCUGGCCGCGGUGUCUUUGAACAAACCAGUCAAACUGUUCCUCGACUCCAACAAAGAUGUCGCUUUUAAUCUGCGCCAGGAGUUCGUCCGUAUUCGUAAAGAGCGAGAGUCGGACCGGGAGGCGAUACUCGCGGCGCUGGUGUGCCGCACAUUCAGAGACAGAGCCGUUAUCUUCGUGCAGACCAAGAAGCAAGCGCACAGACUUCACGUUGCUCUGGGUUUACUUGGUGUUAAGGUAGCAGAACUCCACGGAGCCUUAAACCAGCCCCAACGUCUGGAUUCCCUCAAGCGCUUCAAGGACGAGCUGGUGGAGGUGCUGGUGGCGACCGACGUGGCCGCCAGGGGUCUGGACAUCCCGGGGGUGAAAACUGUCAUAAAUUUCACCCUGCCAGCUACCUUGGAGCAUUAUAUUCAUAGAGUGGGGAGGACGGCGCGCGCGGGGCGGGCGGGCGUGUCCGUGUCGCUGGCGGGCGAGGGCGAGCGCGCGCUCGUCAAGGCGGUCGUGAAGCGGGCGCGCCGCCCCGUCAAGUCGCGCCAGGUGCCGCCCGACAUCGUCGCCAAGUACCGGGACAGGAUGGCCAAGCUGGAGCCGGAGAUUGCGUCAAUCCUCAACGAAGAAUACGCGGAGAAACAGUUAAAGAAAAUGGAAAAGCAGACCGAGAAGCUAGAAGGUGCUAUAAAGAAGGAGAAAACGAAAGACGGGCCUAAAAUCGAGCCGCAGAGGCGAAGGGAAUGGUUCCAAACGCCAAAGGAAAAACGGGAGGAAAAAGAACGACUGACGCUUACGAAGCAUAUGGGAAAAGAAAUACAAAAGGGUAAAGGAAAGAAGCGCAGACGAGACGACGAUUCCGAUGAUGAUGGUCCCAAAAAUAAAAAGAAACAAACCAAACACACGCCUAAAGAUACGGCCGAGGAGCGAGUUCAACGGGAAAUGGAGAAGGUUGCACUGUUACAAUCGAGGAUGGCGAAACGCAAGAAGAAGCAGCCCAGAAUACGAGCAGUAGAAGACGACGAUGACCGGCCAAGGCAAAACAGAAAGUCAGCCAAACCUAAGAAGAAACAGAGCAAUUUUACCAAUGACCUCACGGACACGUCUAAGGCGUCGACCAAACGCUUGCGUUAUGACGCUAAUAGAGUACAAAAAGGAAAACCUUUGCAAAGCGGGAAAUCUAUGCAAAAGGGAAAAGGAAAUGGGCCUAAAGGGAAGAAUAAACCAAAAGGCAAAACGUUUGGUAAACCUCAAGGAUCGAAACAGGGAGGGAAAAGAAAAUAAAGUAUUUUUCGUAUAA